UAUCUGAAGUAGCUCUCACGAUCCACCCACUGUUUUAUAACUUCUCUCCUUCAUCUCCUCCUCCUCCUCCUCCUUCUCCUCUACUACUACUACUAGUACUACUACCUAUAGAUCUCUUCGUCCCGUAUUAGCUGCGUUCACUCUUGCUUUGAUGUUGUCUCGAGUGCUCCCUUACCCUCUUCGGAGGUCAUUGGUGGCGCACCAUAGCUGGAAGCCAGACAACGAGCUAGCACCAAUUUGCCCCCGAUGUGAUUCCUCCAACACCAAGUUCUGCUACUACAACAACUACAGCUUAACGCAGCCUCGCUACUUCUGCAAAGGUUGCAGGAGGUAUUGGACCAAAGGGGGAAACCUUCGGAAUGUCCCCGUCGGCGGUGGGUGCCGAAAGAACCGGCGGGGGGUGUCUGCGAGGCCGCAAGCCAAUCAUCCUGCGUCCCAGAGCGAUCUUAAUUACGACAGCCAUGGAUUGCCGGAUUCUUGUCGUUCCAACCAUGCACAGCACGAUGGCAUGCCAGGGAGUUCCCAUCAUUCCAAGAACAGCGACCUUCCCCCUUCCGAUGGAUCCACGAUGGACCUCGCGCUACCCGAACUACCGGGAGAAAUCAUGGACGAGCCUUUCGUCAGUGUGAUGGAAGGUGCCACGAAUUCGGCAAUGAACCAAAUGCCUGGCCAAGGAUUGAAUCAGCUUGGAGGCAGGGAGAUCACGGAAACUCUAUUUGAGAACCAAACAUACGCAGACGACAGCAACUUCUCUCUGGAUCCAGGCAGCUCUGAGUCAGUGGCAUUCUCCUCGGAAGGAGGAGUUACUGGUUAUGACAUUCCUGUGUCAGAUUGUUGGGUUGCCCCACCAACGUGUCCAGGAUUCCAACCACUGCUUGAGGAUGAUUUGUUUCACCAUCAAGAUCUUGUGAUUGGUGAUUGGUACUCAUUGGAUCAGUUCUAUAGCUAAGAUUACUGAUUUACACCUCUUUUGUAUUUCUAUCUAUUAGUUAUAUUUUGGCACAUUUACCAUAACACGUACCACUACGCCAUGUUAGGCAAAAUUCUUGCUACUUCAAAUAAAAUGAUGUGUGGUGCAGUAGGGUAGUCAAA